CCAUGACCGGAAAACAAUCCAACAAUGAGUAUCAAUCGCAAACCGCGACCCCGCCUCCAAGCAAUCCCGACUAUCUCCCCGCAUUCUCAGCAACCGCGGAGCCACAGCAGUUAGCACCGAACAGUUCCAACUACGGCUGCCCAUACCGUAGUAGUGCGGUUGGUACGAACAUGACUCACACACAAACAUACCACGCGACCGGAGAAACAGCACCUCUAGUGCCACCACCAUAUGAAGACUUCAACAACCCAACCCGUGUGUACCUGACCACAGGUCCGGGGUACAAACCACAGCUGUUGUUCUGUCCCAGCUGUAGCAAGAACGUAAUGACGGAAACUGCUCAUACAGCUGGUAAUUUUGCUUGGGCGAGUUCGCUCGUUUUAUGUUUUUUCGGAUGGUGGAUAUGUGCACCUCUGCCACUAGUAUUGGAUUCCUGCAACGACGUAAAGCAUAUGUGUCCGAACUGCAAGACGGUUAUUGCAGAGCGACAAAGAAUGUCAUAAAUACACCUUCCCCGUAAAAGCAUGAACACCAGACUUUUGGCAUAACAAGAAGUACGCUAUACUAUUUUCUGGGACACCGCAACUUCGAGGUAUACACAUAUACAAAAAGAGAAUACGAUGUGAGAGUUACAAUUUGUUUGAAAUCACCUAAUAGUUGAAAUUUUAAUAUUUAAUGGAUACAGGAAUAUUUGGAGGCCGUCUCUAUAAAGGCCUACGGACCAUAGUCUAUUGAAAAUCGAACACACAGGCACAUAAAUAAACAUUUAUAAACAUUAAAUACAG